UUCUUGCACCAAAUCUAGGGUUUAUCGGAUCAGCUGUUGUUACAGCGCCGAUUAUCGCAUUGCACAUGAACGUGAAAGAUAUUUGUUAUAACAAUACAGCAACAAUGAACUCUUUGCGGUUAAUUGCGGGAACGGGCAAAAUAGUUCCAAGGUUCAAUAAGAAUGUUGCAAAUGGAAUAAAUGCAUAUUUGAGUCGUAAUAAGUAUUAUUAUGUGAACGAACAUAAAGAAAAAAACUGGUCAGAAAUUAUGGAAGAUGCCACCACACAUAUGUUUUUUCUUGAACUCUUCCGAGGCUUGGGACUUGUCGUAUCUCAUAUAUUCAGAGAACCGGCUACCAUAAAUUAUCCUUUUGAAAAAGGACCUCUAAGUCCCAGAUUUAGAGGAGAACAUGCACUAAGAAGAUAUCCUUCUGGAGAAGAAAGGUGUAUUGCUUGUAAAUUGUGUGAGGCAAUAUGUCCUGCACAAGCUAUUACAAUUGAAGCAGAAGAAAGAGCAGACGGAUCUCGACGUACGACUAGAUAUGACAUCGAUAUGUCUAAAUGUAUCUAUUGUGGUUUUUGCCAAGAAGCCUGUCCUGUUGAUGCUAUUGUUGAGGGACCGAACUUUGAGUUUUCAACUGAAACGCACGAAGAAAUGUUGUACAACAAAGAAAAGCUUUUGGACAAUGGAGAUAAAUGGGAAUCCGAAAUUGCUAGCAAUAUUCAUGCUGACCACUUGUAUCGUUAAGAGAACUGUGUGGUUUAAAAGAACUGUAGUCUUAAGUAAUGAUGUUAGAUUAAAAAGAGGUACGUAAAGAUUUGUAAAAAAAAAAAUGAUAUGGAUUAUGAAUUCAUCAAUAUAGCAAAAGAAAAUUCUAUUCAUAUCAUUAAAUAGUAUGUACUAUUCUAUGUGUAUAUAAAUUAUUUAAAAAUUGUCC